GUGGACUUGUAUCAUUAUCUCCCCUUGACGAACCGGAAGUUGUAAUUCAUUUCAAAAUGGCUUCCAUGUAGAAACAAGUUGUGUUAUUGGAAUGAUGGAUUUUGGUUAGCUGUUCGGGAUGUAGUGUACCCACAGGCAAGCAUUGGAGUGAGGUGGGAAGGGAAGUAGUUUGGCAUGAAGAUACCCAACUGUUAUCAAACUCAAAGCAUCCAUCUCAUAUCAGUCCUACCUGGUCAGCAUUGGCUCACCAGGACAUUUUCACAUCUCUUGCUUCACAAACAACACAUUCAAGUGCCACUGCCUGCUGUAAGAUGGGAGAAGAUUCCCCUGCUAUAGGUGUGUUCUGGGACAUCGAGAACUGCCCAGUCCCAAAAUGGAAAUCAGCCUUGAGUGUAGUUCAGCGGAUACGGGACCGCUUCUUCCAUGGUCACCGAGAGGCAGAGUUCAUGUGUGUUUGUGAUAUCUUAAAGGAACGCAAGGACAUCAUAGAGGAAUUGAACUCAGCACAGGUAGAUAUUAUACACAUCAGUGCCAGCAGUAAGAAUGCAGCCGACGACAAGAUUAAACAGAGUCUACGACGUUUUGCCGACACUCACCCACCACACACCAAGGUUAUUCUCAUCUCAGGUGACGUCAACUUUUCCAUGGACCUUUCUGACCUCCGACACCGAAAAAAUUUCCACGUCAUCCUCAUCCAUCGUGCACACUCUCACCCCUCCCUCAUCGCAUGUGCUAAUGAGCACUUCUGUUUCGAGGAGCUUGUGGAGGAUGUUCCUUGUCGAUCACCAUCUAAGACAUUUGAGGGACUGUCAGAAGUAGAAGUACGGGGUUUCCCCUCCCACAUGCAUACUGAUAAGCUGAGGGCCAGGCUUAAGAAGCUGUCUGAGAACUGUGGUGGGCGUGUCACCAGCAUCACCCAGGACUAUGCCUUGCUCAAGUUCAGCAGUCAUGAAGUUGCACUCAGAGCUCAGAAGAGAAUGGAUGGGGAGGAUGUGUUUGGCCAGAAGAUUAUUGCCCAGAUACCAGCUACAUCAAACACAGGGGACAGCACAGUAGGAUCGCCUCACACAGGUUAUACAAAGAGGUCUAAACUUUCGAUGCCCGGUUUUGGAAGCCCUAAACAUUAUAAUCGACACAGCAGUCCAUCCGGCGACAGACGGACAUUCCGCAACAACUCCCCAUAUCGGGGGUGUGUGAGUGCGCCUGUAGCCAGUGGGUACACCUCAAGCCCUGAGGCCAACAACAGGCCAUCAGAUGUUGAUGCUGACAAACAGCCUGACAACUAUUCUACAAACGGGAAGCGUCCAAGUCGAGAAAUGUUGAUGCUGCAGCAGCAGCGCUACCAGGAGAGUCAGCAUAAGCUGAAUGGGGGCUGUGGAGGAGGGGGAGAUGCUGGGGAUGAGAUGGACGGUACAGGCGAACUGGAUAACCACAGAUACGCUCAGCGAGUUGGGCACUGGUCUGGAGAUGAGAAAGGGAAAAUACAAAGCUACAAGAGAAGGCAUUUCAGUGGAUCUCACUCAGAUGAACAGACCGAGAACUAUCAUUACUAUUCUGCCCUAAGCCAUAAUUCAAGCUUUACCUAUGGGAGUGGCAGCCCUAUCCACAACCCACAGCGUGUCCGACAUGGCAGUGGUCCUUUUGGAUGUCGUCCCAAAAGUGUCCCAUAUGAGUUGGACCACCCAUAUGGCUCUUCAUGGCCUCCACCGCAGGACAAUGAGUUCUUCCACAGAGGGAGCCCAAACUUCCGUUCGUACAGCCCUCGGCGCUACAACUGCAUGAACUCAAACCAAAACAAUUGUAACUAUCAACAAAACAACUACCACAACAACUUUCACAACAACAUCAAUAGUAGCAACAGCUUCCAGCCCAUCAUGCCUGGUGCAUCGCCCCCAGGGUCCCCGCUGACAGAUGGCUCCUCACCCCAGGGGAUGGGCCCAGUAGAGCUAGUGGUCACAAACCUUGACUACAAUAUCAGUGCCAAGGAGUGGAGGAAGAUCCUGUUCACCACCUUUCAUCCUCAUGUCAAGGUUUUGAAUGUGCAUGUGAAGACCCAGCUGGACAACACUUGUAUUGGCAUGAUUAAAGUCCCCACCAUAGAGGAAGCACGUUUUGCAAUCUCCCAGUUUCACAGAAAGAAAAUUGGCUACAAGCGUAUCCAGGUCAGCCUGAAGACGGACGAUGCCCACACAGCAAGCGCAAACAUCCGUGCCGAAGCCAUUGCACUGCUGCAGGAGGCUAAGGGCAAUGUUCUGCCACUCUUCAAGUUCAUCGAACUGUUUGACAAGAGGUACCACAGAUCCAUCAGUGUCUCCGAGCUGUACAAGAUGCGUGACACGCUCGACAUCCGUGAGCAGGGUGGGGCAGGUAGGAUGGUGUAUCUGGCCCCAGUACUUGCCAAACCACCCACCCCACUAGAGGCCUCAGACACAGAGGGGGAGGAUGUUUUGGAGGAGCCUGUCUGUGCCAGUCACUGCCCCGAGGGAAGUGUGUUCUAUGCGGAAGCCAUGAACUCCUCAAUGUUGCCCAAUGUCCGCAUCCAGUUGAAGACGCUCGCUGCCCAAGUCCACUCCAUGCUGCAGUCUCACAAUGGCCACAUGCCACUCAUGAGUUUCCCGGCCUGUUAUGCUGCUGAGUUCAGUGCCCUGGUGUCAGUGAAGGAGGGCGUGCCCCUGGAGCACCUGAUCAGCUGUGUGCCCGGCAUACAGGUGCAAGUGUCUCGGCUGGGUGUCAAGAAGGUGCAGUGGAUGGAGAACCAACCUCCCCAGGCUAUAGAGUUCGGUCGGCAGUCAGCUACAGCCAGCCCCCUGUUGUCUCACCAGCUGGGGCAGAUAAGCCGCGAGGUGACAGAUCUUCUCAAACACAGUGCCAACUGCCGAAUGCCAGUGUCCAAGUUCAUUCCAGCAUAUCACCAUCAUUUCGGGCGUCAGUGUCGUGUAGCAGACUACGGGUACACCAAACUCAUGGAGCUUUUCGAGGCUAUUCCAUAUGCUCUGCAGGUUCUUGGUACCGGAGAUCGUAAGAUCCUGACUUUGAGUCACCGUGCUCAGAUUCGUCGCUUCACUGCUGAUCUACUCAAGGUGCUGAAGGGUCAGCCUGCCAAACAGCUGGCAGUGGAGGAGUUCCCUGAGGCUUUCGAAGCCGUGUUUGGCAAGGCCUGGGAUGUUACGGAGUAUGGAGUCUGCUACAUCGAGGAUCUUCUCAUGGAGAUCCCUCCAUCAACUCUCCUGAUGACUGUGGAGGAAGGGAAGUCUUUUAUUUCGGUUCCCAAGAGAGACCAGACAUCGGAGGAGAUGGAGCGCACUAAACAGUUUGCCCUAGAAGUAGUUGACCUGCUGAAGCACAACCCGCGAUGCCGCAUGCCAUUUAACAAGUUUAUCCCUGCGUACCAUCACCACUUCGGCAGACAGUGUAGAGUAGCCGACUAUGGCUUCACUAAGCUUACUGACCUCUUCGAAGCUGUGCCUCAGGUUGUGGAGCUGGAGGAGGAGGGUGAUGAGAGACUGCUGCGGCUCACGCAGCCAGAGAUGAGGAAGGUUCUGUCUGAACAGAUCACAAACCUGCUCAAGAUACAGCCAGGUCAUGGCAUGGUGAAGGACGAACUUUUACCAGCCUUCACUCGCCAGUUCAGCUUCAAUCUUCACCUACAGGAUUUCCAGGUGGUGUCACUAGAUGCUCUGCUGGCCAGACUGAGACACAUCAUCAGUAUUGAGACCUACAACAAUGUGGAAUAUGUUGUGUUGAUGAAGACCACAGAGUUGCCUCCCCUUGCCCUUCGUGUUCUGCAGCUGCUAAUGGAUCAGAGCUCUGGCUGUCUCCCCCUGGUGGAACUGUGCAGCUGGUACAAGACCACCUUUUCUGAAGAGUGUGAUGUCCAGACCAUCAAGGAGGAACUUGUAGAUUUCGUUCAUGUGUCGGGGGACGAUGAUGGCUCAGCCGUGAUCCGCCUGACAGCACUUCAGACUCUUGCUCGAGAUAUCCGCCACAUGCUGAUGCGCCAUGGCCGAAUCCCACUCCACCAGUUUGACAAGAUAUUCUUCGAGGUGCAUGGAGUGGAGAUGAAGCCAGCGCUGCAUGGGUUCGACUGCACCCACACCCUCCUGCAGGCCAUCCCCCAUGUUGUGUCUGUUCGAGGGAAGGGUAACCGCAAAUACGUGCAGCUCUCCCCAGCCAUUAAAGUGCCAGCUACUCUGCCAGCCUCGCUCAAAGCCAGUCCAGCUCGCAUCUUCUUUUCCGGGGACCACAAGGCACUGAAUGCUGGGAAGGGAGAGUCCUCGAACGAUUCUGGUGUCAAUGAUGCUUUAGAUGAGGAGCUUGACAGGUCCCAUGUUGAUGUACUGAGCCAGCCAGUGCCCUCUGCCAUCCCAUCCCCUGAGCUCAGACCAGAUCUUCACCAUGCCAAGGACCUCAUUCAGCUUGACUCCCCACAAGACCAAGACAUCUUGUUUCUGACUGAUGAGGAGAAGCGAGGACAGAAAACUCCGCUUUGUCUGACUCCAACAUCUGAGCUGCUGCAGUUUGCUGCCCAGUGUCUCGUCAUCCGACCACCAGAGGGAGCUGGCAGCAGUCGCAGUACGUCACCUGCUGGUGACAGCCAACAGGGACUCGCUAGAAAUAGUGCACUCACCCUGGCUGUCACGGCAACAGAAUUCGGUGACCAUGACCCUUCGUCAUCCAAUGAACUGCUGGAGCUACUUAAAGGAGGCUGGUGGAAGGCAAGUCCGGAACAACUGGAAGAAGUAAGCAGAACUUUCCGUGUUACAGCCUCGGGACGGGAGAGUCCAGCCGAUCCAGCAUUACGUAGCCAUGGACACACUCCCAGUAUAGAGCCCGCAGAGAAGUUACCUAAUGGUGAAGAGUCUAAGCCAAGUGUUAGCUUGGCUACCUCCAUCCUAAUGGAAGUCUCUGCCUCUGAAGGAGGCAGCAUCAACACCACUCUGAAGGAUGCAAGCAGCAGUUUUAGCAGUGAUGAAAGUAGUGAGCAGAAUGUUGCCCACGAUGUGUCCUUUGACGAGAUGUUUAAAAUGAGUAUGCCCCUGGAGACAAGCUCCACUAAGUCCAGCACGGGGUCGACCACCGACACCCCAGUCUCCUCACCGAGGAAGUCCCGCUCCAGGAUGGCAGCUAGGUUUGUUAACCCCAUACACAAUGACAGUGCUUGAGACAAAGAGUUGCUUGUGUAGGACAGCAUGGCUAGUGUCAGGGUGGCCCUGCAACACAAGAUGGGAAGUGUUCCAUGAAGUAUUUGAAUAAUAUCCGGUUCAUGGAGUGACACUAGAAGGAGGCCAUGUUGGAAUGUGAAGAAUGAAGUGUACUCUUACAAGAUGUAUUUGUCAGCAUGCGUGUCGCCUGGAUGAGACAUGCGGGCAGAAGUUUAUGUAAAUCCAUGAAGACUGUCACUGGGGAUGUAACAUUUUACCCUGUAAAACAAGUUUUACGCUUUUAGAGUGAUUACAAACCUAGACCUAGCAUCUUGACGACAUAUUGUAGAUUUCAUCACUGAAUUUUAGUGUUUUAAAUUAUAGUUUCACUUAUGCUUGCGUAUCUUCCUGUAUGAGAAAUGUUUUAAUUUUGGUAAUUCUUACAUGAAGAAUGUACAUGAAUUAGAAAAUGAAUUUAAUUUGAAUGUUUGGAAGUAUGUCCUAUUGAAUUAGUUUUGCCAUGUAUUGGAAAUACAAUACAGAUACCGCUGCCUCCAGGCACAAGUCACAUUGUAUCGGCUAGUCUCCAGGUACAAGUCACAUUGUAUCGGCUAGUCUCCAGGUACAAGUCACAUUGUAUCGGCUAGUCUCCAGGUACAAGUCACAUUGUAUCGGCCAGUCUCCAGGUAGGAUUAGGUUUGUGUACUUGUAUAUACCAAGUACUUGUUUCUAGUUUCCAGGACACACAAUGGGAUGUGUUGUUUAUGUUCAGUGGUGUUGUAGAGGAAGGGACAUGAUGGGACUCGCACCUAAUGACCGCAGUUGAAACCUUGCAGUGUUACUGUAUCUCAGUCUGUUGAAGAAAACAGUUUUGUUGAGUUUACAGAUAUUAUCGAAUCUAAUGAUUGCAUUAGUUUCAUGUUAACAGGGAGUUUUGAAAGCUGUUGCUGUGGUAACCACACUAAUCAAAGUGAUUCCUGAUUGGUGCCGUGAUUACACAGCUGGCUAUCUGGUUGCAGGCCAACACUGGACCAUGUAAACGCAGUAUCGCCUGCAUCAUGGUCGGCCAGGUCAUGGGUGACGUAGCUGGAUACACAAGUUCAAUGUCUUUCCCUUCUUUGGCAACUUGUCUUGUAUGUAUUACAAGUGUGAUGGUUCAUAUUUAGUUACUAAAAGUUAUUUGUACUUAUUUACUUAUUUUCGCUAUAUUAGUACAUUUUCGUAUGUAUUUCUCCAAGUGCUAAAGUGUCAUGUAGAGGUACAUGACGGUAGUGAUCUGGUACACCAUCUUACAGGUGUAAGAGGGGAUGAUGCUGGCUCUAGGCCUCAAUCUUGAGGCAAAUUCAUGAAGGAAUAGGUUUAUGAAGUGUAUUUGCAUUAAGUCCAGUUCAAGGUAAUUCCUGCAUGUGUGCAUGCAGUGUAUUGUACAUGAUUCUCAAUGAAUUUGCUGCUUUUCUAUAAUAAAAGUGCAAAAAUAUAAAAAGUUCUGAAUUUA